UCGCAACCGAUCCCACAUCAGAAUCAGCGAAGAUGGUGCUAGCGGAAUUACAAGGGAGAAUCUCCCGUGCUCUGCAGCAGAUGAGCAAUGCCACCGUGAUCGACGAGAAGGUCCUCAACGACUGCCUCAACGAGAUCACACGCGCUCUCCUCCAAUCCGAUGUGCAGUUCAAGCUCGUCCGCGACAUGCAGACCAAUAUCAAGAAGAUUGUCAAUUUGGAAGAUGUCGCUGCUGGUCACAACAAGCGUAGGAUCAUCCAGAAUGCUAUUUCUAAUGAACUCUGCAGAAUGCUUGAUCCAGGAAAACCCUCCUUCACUCCCAAUAAAGGGAAACCCAAUGUUGUUAUGUUUGUCGGUUUGCAAGGGUCCGGAAAGACUACAACUUGCACCAAAUAUGCAUAUCAUCAUCAGAAGAAAGGUUGGAAACCUGCACUGGUAUGCGCGGAUACUUUCCGAGCUGGUGCAUUUGAUCAGUUGAAGCAGAAUGCCACCAAGGCGAAGAUUCCAUUCUACGGAAGCUAUACGGAAUCCGACCCUGUGAAAAUUGCAGUGGAAGGAGUGGAGACUUUUAAGAAGGAGAAUUGUGAUCUUAUAAUUGUUGAUACUAGUGGACGUCAUAAACAGGAAGCUGCUCUUUUCGAAGAGAUGCGUCAGGUGGCAGAAGCGACAAAGCCUGAUCUUGUUAUAUUUGUAAUGGAUAGCAGUAUUGGUCAAGCUGCGUUUGAUCAAGCUCAAGCAUUUAAGCAAAGCGCGGCAGUUGGAGCUGUUAUUGUUACCAAAAUGGAUGGUCAUGCAAAGGGAGGUGGUGCCCUUAGUGCUGUUGCAGCAACAAAGAGUCCUGUUAUAUUUAUCGGAACAGGAGAGCAUAUGGAUGAGUUUGAAGUUUUCGAUGUUAAACGGUUUGUGAGUCGUCUCUUAGGCCUCGGUGACUUGUCUGGAUUCAUGGACAAGAUUCAGGAAGUUGCUCCUAAACUGGAGAAACAGACAGAGCUUCUGCAGAAACUUUCAGAAGGGACAGUCACGUUGAGGUUUAUGUUUGAGCAGGUUCAGAACAUGCUUCAAAUGGGUCCGCUAAGCCAGCUUACUUCGAUGCUUCCAGGUGCUGAUCAGUUCAUGCCGAAAGGUAACGAUAAGGAAAGCCAGGCCAAAAUCAAGAGGUACAUGACCAUGAUGGACUCAAUCACAGAUGAAGAGCUCGACGGCACAAAUACUAAACUCAUGACUGAGUCUCGUAUAGUGCGAAUAGCACGAGGAUCUGGUCGUCUAGUAAGCGAAGUGAUGGAGAUGCUUGGAGAAUACAAGCGCCUUGCUAAGAUAUGGAGCAAAAUGAAAGGAGUUAUGAUUCCUAAGAAGCCUAACGACAUAAAUCUACAGAAUAUGAGCAAAGUCCUACAUCCACAGAUGUUGAAGACGAUGGGUGGCAUACAGAACUUGAUGAAGCAAGCGAGUUCAAUGGGAAUGCUCGGAGGCAUGGACAAGAAAUAG